UAAGCUUCUUCCUUGUUAGGUCCCAACUCUAAAGAAAAGCAUAAACCUCAGCUCAGCUAUUGGAUGUUCAGAGCCGCACUUCGAUUCACCGCCACCACCGGCGCCACCUCCGCCGCCACAACCACCACCACCAUGUUCUCCACUUCUUAUUCCACAGCCGUCAGAAACCCUACCUCCCUCUUCCUCCCUUCUCCGCGGCUCUUCCGCCCCCUUCUUUCUCCCAACACCAUCUCCUUCUCUUCUCCCAUCAAUCGCGUUUCGCUUCGAUGUUACGCUUCCUCUCACAGAAUCCAAGUUUGCAAUCCCAUUGUUGAAAUGGACGGUGAUGAGAUGACGAGGGUUAUAUGGAAGAUGAUAAAGGAUAAACUUAUAUUUCCCUAUUUGGAUUUAGACGUAAAGUAUUUUGAUUUGGGGAUUCUGAAUCGCGAUGCUACGGAUGACAGAGUCACCAUUGAAAGCGCAGAAGCCACUCUAAAGUACAAUGUUGCCGUGAAAUGUGCAACUAUAACUCCUGAUGAGACCCGAGUCAAAGAAUUUGGAUUGAAGUCUAUGUGGAGAAGCCCCAAUGGCACAAUUCGUAAUAUUUUAAAUGGUACUGUUUUCCGUGAACCCAUAAUAUGCUGCAACAUACCAAGAAUUGUUCCAGGUUGGAAAAAACCCAUUUGUAUUGGUAGGCAUGCUUUUGGUGAUCAGUAUCGGGCCACUGAUACUGUAAUUAAUGGAGCUGGGAAGCUGAAGUUGGUAUUUGUCCCUGAAGAUGGUGAGAGUCCAAUGGAACUAGAUGUUUUUAAUUUCAAAGGCCCAGGUGUAGCACUUGCUAUGUAUAAUGUUGAUGAGUCUAUUCGAGCAUUUGCUGAAUCAUCAAUGUCCCUGGCAUUUUCAAAGAGGUGGCCACUUUACUUGAGUACCAAGAAUACAAUUCUCAAGAAAUACGAUGGCAGAUUUAAAGAUAUAUUCCAGGAGGUGUAUGAAGAAAGAUGGAAGCAAAAAUUUGAAGAACAUUCGAUAUGGUAUGAGCAUAGGCUAAUUGAUGAUAUGGUGGCAUAUGCACUCAAAAGUGAAGGUGGAUAUGUUUGGGCUUGCAAGAAUUAUGAUGGUGACGUCCAAAGUGAUUUACUUGCCCAAGGAUUUGGGUCAUUGGGUCUUAUGACUUCUGUCUUGCUAUCUUCUGAUGGCAAGACAUUAGAAGCUGAGGCAGCUCAUGGAACUGUCACUAGACAUUUCCGUCUUCAUCAAAAGGGACAAGAAACUAGUACAAACAGUAUUGCCUCCAUAUUUGCAUGGACACGAGGACUGGAACACAGGGCCAAACUAGAUAAUGACGAGAAGUUACAAGAUUUUACUCGAAAGUUGGAGACUGCGUGUGUUGAAACCGUGGAGUCAGGAAAGAUGACGAAAGAUCUCGCACUUCUGAGUCAUGGCCCUAAGGUGACAAGGGAAUAUUACUUGAACACCGAGGAAUUUAUUGAUGCCGUGGCACAAAACCUUGAGAACAAACUCCGAGAGCCGGCAAUGGUCUGAGUACUAUAUUUUUUGGCAUAGUGGCAAAAUUUAGAAACUCGGAACAGUAGUUUGAAUAGGUUCCUGCUGUGACCAUUGUGAUAUUGGUGGUGGUUGAAAUUUAGGCUUAAAGUGUGUUUUGAAAACGUUCAAAAUUCAAUGGGAGAGGAUUGUUCUGAUAAUUAAACCAUUGAUUUUUUGAGACCUUGGUCAGUUGCUUCUGCAUUCUUGUGUCACCUUUUCUCAUAGUUACACACAAAGGGUACAAACCCUUGAUUUCAAGGGAAAAAUAAAAUAUUGUGAUGUGAAGAAAAUGCAUGUGGGUAAAUGAAUUCAUGAAUUUCAUUGCUCUCUUCAUGUCCCUUUUGCUUUUUCUGAAUAAUCAACCUGCUACCAAGUUUGGUUGUGCAAUUGUGCAUUGUGCUACAAAAACAAUUAUGAUAUACGAAAGGAACAAAUAGCAGAUUUUACAUUGU